UGCGAGAAGUAGAUUGAUUACACAUGUAGCUUUCUUUUUCUUUUCUUGUCUAGACCGCUAUUUGGGCAACUUCCCCCUGAUUUUCCCCUUUCAAAACCUGUGUGUAGUCAGUAAGUCGGCGUUACAAACUAAUUCAACAAAACGACUGUAACUCAAUUCCCCUUUCAACUUCUUCUUAUAAAUACCAAAACUCUUCUGGUCUGGUCUCCACAAUCAAAUUGACCUAGGGUUUCUUAUCAGUUUUUGCGAUCGAAUUUGAUGGUGGAGGUUGAGAUCAAAAGCAGGAAGCAUGCUAAUGGCGGUGAUAAGAAGACGAACAACAACCGGAUAUGGCGGUGGACAGUUGUUGGAGCUCUAAUUGCGGUUUUACUUGCUACAUCUCUAUCUCCAUGGCGAUAUUCUCGCAAGUUCUCCUUCAUCCGCUCACCUUGCCGUUGUUCUGAGGGUUCGCAUAAAUAUACAGGAAUUGUUGAGGAUUGUUGUUGUGAUUAUGAGACAGUUGAUAGUGUUAAUGAAGCAGUUUUACAUCCAUUGUUACAGGAACUGGUUAAAACUCCUUUCUUCAGAUACUUCAAGGUUAAGCUAUGGUGCGAUUGUCCCUUUUGGCCUGAUGAUGGCAUGUGUCGACUGCGUGAUUGCAGUGUAUGUGAAUGUCCCGAAAAUGAAUUCCCAGAACCUUUCAAGAGGCCGCAUGGUCUUCCAAAAGAAGAUCUUAUAUGUCAAGAGGGAAAGCCAGAGGCUGCUGUUGAUCGUACUCUGGAUGCUAAAGCGUUUAGAGGCUGGGCAGUAGUAGAUAAUCCAUGGACAAAGGAUGACGAAACUGAUAAUGGUGAAAUGACAUACGUAAAUUUGCAAUUGAAUCCCGAACGCUACACAGGAUACACAGGGCCAUCAGCCAGAAGAAUAUGGGAUGCUAUAUAUUCAGAAAAUUGUCCAAAAUAUUCAUCUGGAGAAAGUUGCCAAGAGAAGAAAGUGCUAUACAAGUUAAUAUCUGGUCUUCAUUCCUCAAUUUCUGUCCACAUAGCUACUGAUUAUCUCAUUAAUGAAAAUACCAAUCAGUGGGGUGCAAAUCUUCAGCUGAUGUAUGAUCGUGUCUUAAAACAUCCUGAGCGUGUUCAAAACCUGUACUUCACUUUUCUCUUUGUUCUCAGAGCUGUGACAAAGGCAGCCACUUACUUGGAGCAGGCUGAGUAUGACUCUGGUAAUCAUUUGGAGGAUCUGAAAGCCCAUUCCUUGAUCCGGCAACUAGUUCACAAUCCCAAGUUACAAGCUGCAUGUCCUCUUCCCUUUGAUGAGGCUAAAUUGUGGCAAGGCCAAAGUGGACCAGAACUGAAGCAACAGACCCAGAAGCAGUUUAGAAACAUCAGUGCCCUUAUGGAUUGUGUCGGGUGUGAAAAGUGUCGUCUGUGGGGAAAGCUUCAGGUUCUUGGCCUCGGAACUGCACUAAAAAUCCUGUUCUCUGUUGAUGGUCAAGAAGGCCGAGAUCAGCCUCUGCAGUUGCAACGGAAUGAAGUAAUAGCACUGAUGAAUUUGCUCAAUCGGCUCUCGGAAUCGCUUAAAUCGGUCACUGAAAUGGGGUCUUCUGCUGCUAUGGAUGCGUUAGUCUUACAAAAUUCUGGCAAAACAGUCAGUUUGAUUCAAAGACUACGGGAAUCAUGGAUGGCUCCAUGGUAAUCUUCUUUGGUAGUCGUGGAAGAAAGCACCAAGCUCACCGCUAUCGUGAACUUAAGGUGCACUCAGUCAGGUGUGAGAAAGAUACAUAGAUACUAAGUGAAUACAUGGAACAUCACCACAUGUAACGUUGAUAUGGACUUUCAUGUUUUCAUAACUAACUGCGGAUUUGUAAGUUGUACUUGGUCUUUUUUCUUACUUGUGGAAGAGAGAAAGAGGUUUUGUAUCUUGUUAUGCUGGUUAAAAGCGGUGGUGUUAUCGGUUUCUUUGUUGCCUCUUGAGUCGACAAAGAGGCAAGUUAAAAUUACAUGUUCAGUUACCAUACAGUUGAUGUGUAAAUUGACCAUUUUGCCCA